AAUGUUUUGCCUUGCGAUAUAAUUGGGCACUCUUCCCUGGAUGUUCACACUCUUCCUUUGAAAUCAAAACCAGCGAACCUGUUUCUUCCUCCAUCAUCUACAGCCAUCUCAUCAUUGUUCCAUGGCAGAAAACGCCGAGCUCACUUCAAACCAUGCGCAUCAUCAUCGCCCACCUCACAUUCUCAUCUUCCCAUUCUUGGCUCAAGGCCACAUUAUCCCUCUUGUAGACAUGGCCAUCUUGCUCUCUCAACGCGGUCUCACCGUAACGCUGGUCACCACCCCCCUCAACCUUGCUCGAAUCAGCCCCGCCAUAGAUCUGCAGAAGGCCGCCGGCCGCGACCUCCGAACGGUCGAGCUCCCCUUCCCCUCGGCCCACUAUGGCCUGCCGGAAAACUGUGAGAGUUUGGAAUCAGCCACUAGUGGUGGCAUGGUUUGGAAGUUCUUACUCUCCACCAGGAACCUCAAGGAACCAUUCGAGAAGAUCAUGCAGGAGACGCUUCCUAAUUGUCUCAUAUCUGACUUCCUGCUUACCUGGACCUCAGAGGUAGCCCACAAGUUCAACAUACCGAGGAUUUGUUUCUCCGGCACUUGUAGUUUCUCUUCUGUCUUGAAAUGCAGCGUUCAUGAGCGAAAGCCUCACGAGGGGGUCUCCAGUGAUUAUGAGCCUUUCCUGGUGCCUGGCCUGCCUCAUCAGAUUGAACUAUCCAAAGCCCAGAUGCCGGAAAUUUUAGACAAUUGGUUGUCUGGUGACCAAGGGGAGACCACCAAGGCUUUUUGGGGGAAGGUGGCAAAUGCAGAGAAAGACAGUGACGGCAUAAUAGUAAACGAUUUUUAUGAGCUUGAACCUUCUUAUGUGGAGUGCUACAAGAAAGCCACAGGGAAGCCAGUUUGGACGGUCGGUCCACUUUUCCUUUGUCAUGGAAACAGACAACAGAGAGGCAAGAAGUCUUCUAUUAGUGAAGAAGAGUGCCUGGAGUGGCUAGGCUCAAAGAAAGAGAGGUCUGUUCUUUACAUAUCUUUUGGUAGUAUCAGUUUCAUUUCUCGACUACAAAUGGAGGAGAUGAAGUUGGGCCUUGAGAACUUGGGGUGUUUUUUCAUUUGGGUUGUCAAGGAACUUGAUGAUUUGCAGUUUAUUGAUAGUUUGGAGGAGAAAACCAGGGACAAGGGUCUGAUAAUAAGGGGAUGGGCGCCACAGGCUGUGAUACUCUCACACCCUUCAAUAGGAGCCUUCUUGACUCACUGCGGAUGGAACUCUACCAUUGAGGCCAUUAGUUUUGGGGUGCCCAUGGUCACUUGGCCACUGUUUGCAGAGCAGCACUUGAAUGAGAAGCUGGUGGUGCAGAUCCUGGGCAUUGGAGUGAAGGUUGGCAGUCAUAUGAUCUCGGAGGCUCUUGGGGAGGUGGUGAAGAGUGAGGCGAUAGUGGAGGCGGUGCAGAGAGUUAUGUGGCCUGGAGAGGAGGGAAAAAGGCUGAGAGAGAAGGCUUGGAAAGCAGGAGAUUUGGCAAGGAGGGCAGUGGAAGAUCAGAAUGGUUCCUCUUGUAGGAACGUUGAUGACUUCAUCCAGUUUGUCACGAACAAGAUUGUGGAGUAAUAAUAGGAAAAAUACUAUUGUUAUUACGCAUAUUAAGCUACAACUUAUUACUAUUUCGUAAUUUUGAUAUGAAUGAUUAGGUUAACUGAGAGACUGUGUAGUUCUAGUCCACUUGUAUUUCAAUUUAAUGUGUUCAGAGUCUCUUAAUUGUUUGGCAGUAUGUAUGAUGCCAACUUGCUUUAAAUUUAACGGUUUUGGUGAUGGCGGUGGUGGUUCCCAA